GGAUAGACAAUUUAUUGGUAUUUCUUUCCAGUUUUUUCCAAAAAAUAUUUUUAUGUUUCUUUAUUCUGAUUUUGACUGGGAUAUUUUUGAUUUUGUUUUCUUAUUGUUAACAGUCUUCAUUUUUGAUUUUUUAGUGUUUCCUCUGAUUAAUUUCCUUCUUAAUAAAGUUCUGAUUCUACCUCUAAAUAUUUUUCUGCUUUCACUAUGUUUUAAUUCUUAUUUUAUAUUUUCUAUUUUCUGUUUUUAAUGUUUAAAACAGGGAACAUCUCUUAUUAUUAUUCAUAUUUUCAUGUAUUGAACGUAUAUCCUCAUUUUCUUUCAUUUUAUCAUUUUCAUGGUAUAGUCGUCAUCAACAUAAUUAAGUUUAGUCCCCAAUUGUUUUCAACCUUCCAUUUUUUCUACUUUUGCCCUUUUUUUCUAAUUUCCUCACCUCCCCUAUUCCAAACAUUGCCUUUUUGUUUGUGCCUAUCUUCUCCAAAUAUCUUCUUUGUUGCCCAGUUUUUAAUAUUCUCAAGGGGAUUUACUGCUUUUGUUUUGAGGGAUUAGCAAUUCCUUCCUUUCAGUCGCUUCGUUUC